UCCAGUGCUCAGCUAAGAAGUCGGUGAUCUGCUUGCCUGUGUCUUGUGGACUCUGUUUUGGGGAAAGCGUGGGUGAGCUCUGCAGCCGGGCCAUGGUGAGAGACGAGUAGCUGUCCGCAGACGAGGAGUGGCCGGCCAUGAAUGCAGUGACCUACAAUGAUGUGCAUCUCGACUUCAGUUGGGAAGAAUGGACUUUGUUGGAUCUCUCCCAGAAGAGCCUGUACAAAGAUGUGAUGCUGGAGACCUACAGGAACCUCACUGCUAUAGGCUACAGUUGGAAAGACCAUAACAUUGAAGAACAUUGCCAAAAUUCUAGAAGACAUGGAAGGUAUGAAAGAAGUCAUUCUGGAGAGAAACCCUCUGAAUAUCCUCAGUGUGUUAAAGCCUUUGCAUAUCACAGUCAUCUCCAAAGCCAUGAAAGAAUUCAUACUGAAGAGAAACUCUACAAAGGUAUUCAGUGUGAUAAAGCCUCUGGAUGUCACAGUUUGCUCCAGAUACAUAAACGAACACAUAGUGGCGAGAAACCCUAUGAAUGUAAUCAGUGUGGAAAAGCCUUUUCAAGACUUGGUCAUCUUCAAACACAUAAAAGAACACAUACUGGAGAGAAACCCUAUGAAUGUAACCAGUGUGGUAAAACAUUUGCAUAUCACUGUUAUAUUCAAAUACAUAAAAGAACUCAUACCGGAGAGAAACCCUAUGAAUGCAAUCAGUGCGGUAAAGAUUUUGCCUAUCACAGUAAUCUUCAAAUACAUAAAAGAACACAUACUGGAGAGAAACCUUAUGAAUGUAAUCAGUGUGGUAAAGCCUUUGCACACAACAAUGCUCUCCAAAUACAUAAAAGAACACAUAGUAGAGAGAAACCUUAUAAAUGUAAUCAGUGUGGUAAAGCCUUUGCACAGAAGAGUAGUCUCCAAGAUCACAAAAGAACACAUACUGGAGAGAAACCCUACAAAUGUAAUCAAUGCAAUAAAGCCUUUGCACAUCAUAGUAAUCUCCAAAAACAUAAAAGAACACAUACUGGAGAGAAACCCUAUGAAUGCGAUCACUGUGGUAAUGCUUUUGCAUAUCAUAGUUAUCUUCAAAUACACAAAAGAACGCAUACUGGAGAGAAACCUUACAAAUGUAAUCAAUGCGAUAAAGCCUUUGCACAUAACAGUACUCUCCAAAUACAUAAAAGAACACAUAGUAGAGAGAAACCUUACACAUGUAAUCUAUGUGGUAAAGACUUUGCAGAUCACAGCAGUCUCCAAAAACAUAAAAGGAAACAUACUGGAGAGAAACCCUAUAAAUGUAAUCAAUGCGAUAAAGCCUUUGCAUAUAGCAGUAGUCUCCAAAAACAUAAAGGAACACAUACUGGAGAGAAACGCUAUGAAUGCAAUCAAAGUGGUAAAGCCUUUGGACAUCAGCAUAGUCUUCUAAUACAUAAAAAAACACAUACUGGGGAGAAACCCUAUGAAUGUAAACUGUGUGAUAAAAACUUUGCAUGUCACAGACAUCUUCAAAUGCAUAGAAGAACACAUACUGGAGAGAAACCCUAUGAAUGUAACCUAUGUGGUAAAGCCUUUGCAUAUCACAGUGAUCUUCUAAUCCAUAAAGUACACACUGGAGAGAAACCUUAUGAAUGUAAUCAGUGUGAUAAAGCCUUUGCGUGUGUCAGCAGUCUUCGAAUCCAUGAGAAAAAAUCAUACUGCAGAGAAACCCUUUAAAUGUAGUCAGUGUGGAAAAGUUAUGCACUUCAUGGUAGUAAAACUCUUACUGUGUAAUUGAUCUAAUAUAGCUCUUGCAUAUUACAAUGCUCUUUGAGGACCUGAAAAAAAAAAACUAAUGCAGAAUGGACUAUAUCUACAAAGAAUUUGGUAAGAUAUUUAGCCAACACACUUACAUUUAGAUACAGAAGAAUAUUUUUUUCUGGAGAAAAAAUCUGGCAAUUGUCAACAAUCUGUUCAAGCUUCAUGAUAUCCCUGUUCAUUUUGUUUGCGAAUUCAAACUCAUAUGGACAAAAGCCCUGAGAAUUUAAAUGAAAAGUUUACCCUUUCAGAUUCAUUCUGAUUCAACUUUACGAAAUGACUCAUCCAGGUUUAAACAUUAGGUAUGUGUCCUAGUGCCUUUUCUGUUGCUGUAGUAAAAACAAGUCUAAGGCAACUUACAAAAGGGUCCUUGAUUCCAGAGAGAUACAGGAUCACCAUGAAAGAGGCGUGGCAACAAGUGUCAGACACAGCAACCAGAGCAAGAAGCUAAGAAUUCACCUCCCCAGCCUGCAGUUUGACAUGGAGAGUGGGGUCUGGAAAUGGUGUAAGGAUGUAAACGCUCAGGCCCACCCCAGUGGCAAAGUUUUUACAGCAGGGCAACUGUUCCUAAAUCUUCCCAAAUGAUACCAUCUAUGGAGUAGGGUUGAUUUCUCUGACUUCAACCCUACUAACUUACUUUCUGCUACAUGAACCAAUCCAUGAUGAAGAAAAUUGCUGUUUUACAGGAAUGAAUAAAAACAUUCACAAGUGAAAAUUUGUUUAAUGACUUGUUUUAGUUUUAAGUGAGUGAUAUCAAUGUGUCUUUGUGGGUAUGUACAUGUUUAUCCUGGUUCUCAAGGAGGUUAGGCCUUCUAAUUUUCUAGUAGCAAAAGUUUUAGGAAGUUAUCAAGAACCUGACCUUGGUCCCAGGGAAUGGACUUGUCUUUACUGCUUGAACAUGUCUCUUACACCGUGAAUAUUUUACAGCCUUUAUAUAUCAUCUUGAUAUUAGGAAACAGGGAAAAACACAUUUGAUAGAAAAGCCCUACUUAUGUAAACAAUUUGGUAGAGACUUUAAACAUCACAGUUGUUUACAUUUUCAAGGAAAAGUCUUUUUCUUCUUUUCAUCAGAACCUGGAAGAAGUAGAUUAUGUAGCGUGUUCAAACUAGUGCAAUGGUAAAGACGGGCAGUUGAGUUUGUGGAUUGUAUUUUGAAAAUUUGGGAAUGGGUAAUGAAGUUUGCUCUGUGUGUGGCUAGUCUAUUUGUUCCAUUUUGUUAGGCUUUUCUUCUGCUCAUCUUCUGUUGGACUUUCGGUUGCUUGGCAGAUACUUUUUUACUUCACUGUAUAGAAUGGAAUACCUACCAUCCAAGUAGUCCAUUGCUUACUUAAAUAUCAGGCAAUAUGUGAUCAUAUUUUAAAGCAAUGCUAUCUGUGAAACGGUGGUGGGUUGUUGUUCCAGUUUUGUUUUUCGUAUUUUCACAAAGUCCUUUGAGAUGUUGUUUGUUAUCCAGCUAGGCAUGGAUGUCAGUAAUUAGUCAGGGAUACAUUUCAACUCUUGUUUCUCAUGUAUCAAACUCUUUUUUUUUUUUUUAGAAUUUUAUUUAAAAAAAAAACUCCAAAAUAGUUGAAAGUAACAAUCAUCAAGGAUAUGGGUGGCAGACACAGGCCAUCCAAGGGUGUAGCUUGGAAGGUAUGGUUUAGGACCGCAAAAGACUUCAUCAUUCAUUAUCCUGUGUCUAUUUAAGCCAUGGCUAACAGUGUUAUCCACUGACUUAGCUUCUGUACCUACAGACCAUGCAUGGCACAGGUAGCUUUGUCUUGCAAAGUCACCCCAUAUACACAUAGGACAUUUAUUGAAAAAGUUAUACAAAACAAUGUAACUCAAAAGCACAGUAAAAGACCGGAGUCCCUUUACUCCUGGCUUCUCAGUGCACUGCUGCCACUGUUACUGUUUCUCCUCCUCCUGGUCUUCCUUCUGUUCCCCAGUGCCAGAACUUCCUGAACCUUCCUGUUCAGACGCCAUCUGGCAAUUUUUGACUGGAAUAGUGGUAUUCCUGUGAAUAAGUUUGGCUCUGUCAAAAAUACCUUGCACAGUCUGCUGAAUCUUGGGCAUCCUCGUCAUGCCACCAACCAGAAUCACUUCUCUUACGUCAUGCUUGCUGACUUUGGCAUCUUGCAGAGCUUUCUGGCAUAGAGCAAUAGUUCUGUCGAUUAGAUGGGCGACGAUGCGUUCUGAGUGCGAGUUAGCAUCAUAUUCAGAUGCUUGGGUCCAGAAGCAUCCGUUGUAAGAAAUGGCAAGUUGAUGUCUGUCUGUACAGAGUCGGAGAGUUCACACAGCUUUCUCAGCAGCUUCCCGAACCCUCUGAACGGUCAUGUAGUUUUUGAUCAAAUGAAGCCCUGUCUCCUGCGUGAACUUCACGAUGUGCCAGAACAAAUCCUGGUCAAAGUCAUCACCGCAUAAGGCAGUGUCCCCAUGAGUGGAUUUCACCGCAAUCACUCCUUUCUUGAUUUCCAGGAUCGAAAUAUCAAAGUAUUGACCUAAAUCAUACACAGCAAUAAGUUUAUCUUCAGCUUUAUCCACACCAUGGGCCAGGGCAACAGCUAUAGGGUCAUUCUUCACAGCACCCGCCGCUUUCUGUGCUUUGGGCUCAGAACGAUAUCCAAUCAGUGGCUUAGUAGCAGAGAAAAUUUUUGUGUGGGUGACAGCCUGUCGUUUUCCUGGCAUGCCAGCAAGUUGUUCUCCAGCUGCUGUAAAGGCAACAGAACGCAUCGUUCUGGCACCUUGGGCAUUCACCAGGACCUGGUGACGGGCGGCCGCCAGACUC